AAAUAUAAUACCUUGGCCUUAACAAAAGCUGUCUAUCAUAAGCUCGGUAACGUCGCUAAAGAAUGGUUGGUCUAUUUUCUUCUCAGGCUGCCUGUAUUAAAAGUUCAGGUUGGAAUGACAGUUCGUCAGUAGCAGAAAGCGCACAGUGAGUUCAUCUACAAUGUAAACAUGGAUUUCAUUUUUCUUUUCAGGACACGUAACUGAACAUGAAAUGUACACCGAUAAAGCUACUGAGCAGGGCCGAGUAUGUGAGAAAGACGGAGAUGAAAAAGCAGAACGUCGACCAAAUCUUUAUAACAAAGGAAUGUAAUGGAUAUACGGUAUCAUUUACAAAAGGCUUGUUCCAAAAGCCUAGCCGACCAUCUAGCCUUUCUGUCAAAACUAUUAGCCUUCCCGAUGGUCUACAAGCCUACAAUGGUGGUUAUUCUCUGGAAAAGUGGUCCAAGAAAAGGCCAAGGCUGAGAUCUGGAAAACUGGAACAGAAAUACUUAGAAUAUGAUUACGAUAAUACCUGUGAUGUCAUGGAUUUCAUUGACAGUUGGGAUGACACUGAAGAUAACUCAGAAUUGCUACUUGCCGAUCCAUCUCAUAUAGAUGAUGACUACGAGAUCAGUUCCGACGUAGAAGAAUUGAUUAGAAACUCUAGAAGCAGUGAGAGUAACACAUAUAGCAUUGAACCUGAAUUAAGAAAAGGAGAAACAAGAAAGAAACAGAAGAAAUCCAGAAAGAUGAUAAGGUUUUCUUUCUCUAAACCUGUCAGUCCAGAAACGGAACAAAUAAUCCGAGUCGAUGUUACUUCCAACAUAUCUGUGGAUGAUCUGAGAAAAGCUGACCUAUUCAAUAGUUCCAAGAAAAACGAUUCAAGGAUGGAGUGUGGUAGAGCAAGCGACAAGGACCUAUCGACACCUUGAAGUCACGUGUACUUGUCGUCCAAAGCUAAUACUUAACUAUAAAAUUAGUGAAAAUAUUAUGUUGUCGAAGUUGUUCCAGAGUCUGAAUGGGGUUGUCAAGGUUUAAAUGGUAUUGCAAUAAUGCGAAAACAACAACAAAACAAAAAUAGAUGUUGAGAAAAAUCUCAAAAUAUG